AUGACCCUCGAAAACUGGCAGGUCGCCGUGAAAGCUAAGCAGGAAGAGGCUGCGGCCAAGAUCCCCGCAGCUUGGCGAAUUUCUACAAGUUUCACCGAUCAAAUCUCUGAAACAUCAUCCAACAACGUUCUCCAAGUGCCUAGAGAGUGCGGCAUUCUGUCUGCCAAGCAGCUGGAAAUCACAGAGAAUUACGAUGCCACUGCAUUACUUGAAAAUAUACACUCGAAGCACUUCACCGCUGUUGAAGUCGCGGAGGCUUUCUGUAUCCGCGCAGCUAUUGCUCAACAAGUCACGAAUUGUCUCACGGAGACAUUCUUUGACCAGGCCCUGGAAAGAGCGCGAGAACUGGACGAGUAUUUACAGAAGAAUGGCGAGAUUAUCGGACCUUUGCAUGGGCUUCCGGUCAGCCUAAAAGACUGUUUCAAUGUCAAGGGCAUUCCGUCGACAAUUGGAUAUACGGAAUUUAUAAAGCAUGGGCCGGUCACCUCAAAUUCCGCUGUGGUUCAGAUACUGUUGGAUCUCGGUGCGGUUCUCUAUGCUGGAGACUCACAUAACUACGUCUUUGGUCGUACACUGAAUCCCAAUCGCUCAAAUCUUACUGCAGGCGGAUCUUCUGGGGGUGAAGGUGCACUCGUUGCAAUGCGUGGGUCGAUUCUGGGAGUCGGAACCGAUAUUGCUGGCUCAAUCAGAAUUCCAGCCUACUGCAAUGGGACGUACGCUCUUCGUCCAUCUGAAGAUCGUAUUCCCUAUGGAGGUCAGACGAGUUCGUCUCGAAAGGGCCUUGCAGGGAUCAAGGCAGUCGCAGGCCCCCUGGCUACCUCUGUCCGAGAUCUGGAACUUUUCAGCAGAGUUGUGAUUAACUCAGACCCCUGGAAAUAUGAUUCAUCUGCCAUUUUCUCCACUUGGAGAGCCGUUGCCCCCAAGCAAAAAUUGAGGCUCGGCUUCAUUCUAGAAGAUAGCCACUUUCCCGUUCACCCACCUGUUCUCAAUACUCUUACUCAGGCAGUGGAGCGCCUGAAGGCUGCGGGGCAUGAUAUUAUCAAUCUCGAACCCCCAUCAAUCAAAAAGGCCACCUUACUAGCUUUCAGAAACUUUGCUAUGGACCCUGCAAAUACAGCCUUCAAGCAUAUCCAGGCAAGUGGUGAGCCGAGGAUCCCUGCGCUCUCAUCAACAGAUCUACCCCACGAUUAUAUGCCAUAUGACUACGCUCCGCUCACUUUGGAAGGGCUAUACGACCUUCUAGAGGAAAGAGGCAAGUACAAAGCUGAAUUCGGCAAAAUUAUUACUGAGAAGAAAAUCGAUGCGAUCAUCAUGCCCGGCUACCAGGGAACCGCACCACAGCACGAUAUAAUCGGAUGGGUACCCUACACUGUAGUGAACAAUGUGUUGAACUACCCUGCUGUGGUUAUUCCAUAUCGCAAGGCGAAUAAAGCUGAUGAUGCCAAAUUCCUUCGAGAUGUGGAAUAUCGCCCUCCAUCUGCUGACCGCCACAAAGACAUCGCAGAUGAUGUCGAGGGGGCCCCAUGCUGUGUUCAGGUUGUUGGUAGACAUAUGCAAGAAGAGGAGCUUUUACGGGAGGUCGAGACCAUCUCGAAAGUGUUGGCAAACUAA